UCACAAUGAACAACGAGUCUGAUCUUUCGCCGAGCUAUCAGCCCUUCUACUUUCAGAGCGACGACCUCUAUAUUCCUCCCGUUGACGACGAGCCCCUCUACGUGAACGCAAAACAAUACUUUCGCAUUCUCAAGCGCCGUGUCGCACGGGCGCGAUUGGAGGAAUUACACCGUUUGUCGAAGCAGCGUAAGCCUUACUUACAUGAAUCGCGACACAAACACGCUAUGCGAAGGCCCCGAGGGCCCGGCGGGAGAUUUCUAACGUCGGAAGAAAUUGCAGCACAAAAGGCCGCAGGCGGCGAUGACGGUGCUGGGCCAUCUACCUUCGCUUCGCCACCCGACAACGCAUCUCUCAACAACAACAUGGCUGAUGCGGAUGACGAAGACAUGGAAGACGAUGAACAGGCCGAUUCCAUGGCAAUGGAGGGGUACAUGCAAUCGCAAGACUCGACCAUGGCCAUGAUGGGAAUGUCCUACGACAUGCAGCCGAUGCAGCUAGAUCCCAGCCAGGCCCAGCGCCAGCUCCAUGCGGGCUCGCAGCCACCACAAACCCUUACGACAAGGCAACCAACUUCUCACUCGGCAGUCCCGGUACCGGGUCAACAACACCCAGGGCAUCACCAUCCUCAUAUGCACCCGCAUUCUCAGGUCCAACUCACCACUUCCCUGUCGAAUCACGUCCGGACGCCUAUCAUGCAUACCCAAUCGACGCCGAUGCAUUCCCAGACUCCUCCGUUGCAUUCGCAGUCAUCAUUGCACUCUCAUUCGCCGGCUAUGUCUCCACACUUGCAUUCACAUACUCCUCCGUCCCUACACGGGCAAAUGCAUUCCCACUCGUCCUCCCUCUUUCCGCACGCCCAUCACGCAAUGAGUGCUCCCUAUGGUACUGCUGCACAAUUGCAUCACGUACCGCAUCCUCAUGCGCAUUCUCGCCACCGGCAGAUGUUUGCUCAAGAUCUCUACGGCACGGCAGGCAUGGGCUUCGGGAGUGAUGGGUCGUGA